AGAUAAGUCACUUCCGCGUCAAUCUCGGACUCAAAGGCAAGAACGAAAACAAACUUGCUCGCCCGAUGAAUGUGUAAAAAUGCGAGGCUGUGUACUGUUUACGGGAUUUUUUCUCAGUAGUACAUGCUUUCUGCAUUUGGCUGUGUGUAUUGAGCCAAUCUCCGGCAUUUCCGCUGCCGCUGCAGUAGUAGCCGCGGCCGUCAUUUCUGGGUUCGAUGUCUUGAAGAGUUAUGUUACUGAAACCUGUGGAGACCGCUGGAUAGUCAACAACCACACAGGUCUCCCAAAGCAGCUUAAUGAGAAGCUGUAUGGCCAACACCUUGUUCUGAAAGCUGUGACCAAUCACAUCCGUGGACACAUCAAGUCUGCUGAGCCUGCCAAGGCGCUUGUUCUUUCCUUCCAUGGCUGGACAGGCACUGGGAAGAACUAUGUUAGUCGCAUUGUAGCAGAGCAGCUUUAUAAAGAAGGGAUGCGCAGCAAGUUUGUCCAUCUCAUCUCGGCAACCAAAGAGUUUCCACAUGAAGGAAUGGUGCCAUUCUAUAAGGACCAGCUGCGAUCCUGGAUUGAGCACAACAUCACCCACUGUUCUCGCUCAUUGUUUAUAUUUGAUGAGAUGGACAAGAUGCCAUCAGGUCUCAUUGACACCAUCAAGCCGUAUCUCGACUACUAUGAAAAUCUGGGAGGUGUCAACUACCGCAAAGCAAUAUUCCUUUUCCUGAGCAACACAGCAGGAAAAGACAUAACACAGUAUGUGUAUCAACAAUGGUCACAGGGCUACCCCAGAGAAGAUAUCAAAAUGGCAGAUGUUGAAAAGAUUAUUACCCGUGCUGCACUCAACUCAAAAACUGGACUUUGGCACAGUGAGUUGAUCACCAAGCACAUGAUCACAGCAUACAUCCCCUUCCUUCCCCUGGAGAAGACCCAUGUGAGGAAAUGCAUAAAAGACAGCAUGGUUGUUAAGGGUUACCCAGUGACCAGUGAGAGAGUUGAAAGUGUUAUUGAGGAACUCUCAUUCUGGCCUGAAAGUGAACAGGUUUUCUCUGUAACUGGCUGCAAAAGGGUAGCAGAAAAAGUGGAUUAUGUUAUGGAGGAGAUUUGAUUCUCAGGAAAAUACUGUCUUGUCUCUGUGGGUCAGGGUGGCAUUUGAAGGGCUAUGUUUGUUUAAAGGUGUUAACAUCCUUUUUGGUAUAUAUAGUACCCCAGGAAUUCUGUAGCUGUUCAUAAAAUAUGCUUUUCAUAACCCCUGUGGCCAAUGAAAAUUGACAUGUUAUGUCUACAGCUACCAAUUCCUGUGAUGCAAUAUUUAUAUGCUUGUAUCAAGAUGAAGUGAAGCUGAUCUCAUGACAUAGGACAGACAUUCCGUGAAUAACCAGCACCUUGAUUUGAGGUCACCAGAUCCUGUUGAGGUCACCCGAACCUGGAGAGGGGGUCACCAGAUCCCUGAAAGGAGGUCACUGCCGAACAGGGAGAUGAAGAUACCUCAGGACAUCUUUCUGGUGACAAAUAAAGCAGGAUAUGUUUCCUUCACAAGCAAUGGUGUUUUGAAUAGUGCUACGGUUGUAUGACUUUGGUGUAGGGCAAAAGCAUAAUUAAAGUCGAGUUCCUGAAGUUUU